UGACACUAGGUCAUGGAACUAAAGGAGUAUUUGAGCUUCUAUCUGGAUGGCGGAGAACCAAAGAGAAUUUACCUUUCAAAGACAGGGUAGCAGAUGCCUAUUCUGAUGUGAUGGUCACCUAUACCAUGACCAGCUCCCUGUACCUCAUCACCUUUGGCAUGGGUGCCAGCCCAUUCACAAACAUAGAGGCUGUGAAGGUCUUCUGUCAGAACAUGUGUAUCUCUAUUCUGUUAAACUACUUCUACAUUUUCUCUUUCUUUGGCUCCUGUCUGGUCUUCGCUGGCCAACUAGAGCAAAACCGCUACCACAGCAUCUUUUGUUGUAAGAUCCCUUCUGCAGAAUACCUGGACCGCAAACCUGUAUGGUUCCAGACAGUGAUGAGUGAUGGGCAUCAACAGACAUCACACCAUGAGGCGAACCCCUACCAGCACCACUUCAUUCAGCACUUCCUCCGUGAACAUUACAAUGAGUGGGUUACCAAUAUCUAUGUGAAGCCAUUUGUUGUCAUCCUCUAUCUCAUUUACGCCUCCUUCUCCUUCAUGGGGUGCUUGCAGAUCAGUGAUGGAGCCAACAUUAUUAAUCUACUUGCCAGUGAUUCCCCAAGCGUCUCCUAUGCCAUGGUUCAGCAAAAAUAUUUCAGCAACUACAGCCCUGUGAUAGGAUUCUAUGUGUACGAGCCCCUUGAGUACUGGAACAGCAGUGUCCAAGAAGACCUACGGAGACUUUGUAGUGAAUUCACUGCAGUGUCCUGGGUGGAGCAAUACCACCAGUUUCUGAAAGUCAGCAACAUCAGUGCCAAUAACAAGAGUGACUUCAUCAGUGUCCUACAAAGCUCAUUUUUAAAAAAACCAGAAUUCCAGCAUUUUCGAAAUGAUAUCAUCUUCUCCAAGGCAGGGGAUGAAAACAAUAUCAUUGCUUCUCGCUUAUAUCUGGUGGCCAGGACUAGCAGAGACAAGCAGAAGGAAGUCAUAGAGGUGUUGGAAAAAUUGAGGCCCCUCUCCCUCUCAAAGAGCAUCCGAUUCAUCGUGUUCAACCCCUCCUUUGUGUUUAUGGACCAUUACAGUUUGUCUGUUACAGUGCCUGUUCUGAUUGCAGGCUUUGGUGUUCUCCUGGUGUUAGUCCUGACUUUUUUUCUUGUGAUCCAUCCUCUGGGAAACUUCUGGCUAAUUCUUAGUGUCACCUCAGUUGAGCUGGGCGUUCUGGGCUUAAUGACAUUAUGGAACGUCGACAUGGAUUGUAUUUCUAUCUUGUGCCUUAUCUACACUUUAAAUUUUGCCAUUGACCACUGUGCACCACUGCUUUACACAUUUGUAUUAGCAACUGAGCACACCCGAACACAAUGUAUAAAAAUCUCCCUGCAAGAGCACGGGACAGCCAUUUUGCAAAAUAUUACUUCUUUUCUUAUUGGGUUGGUCCCCCUCCUAUUUGUGCCUUCGAACCUGACCUUCACACUGUUCAAAUGCUUGCUGCUCACUGGGGGUUGCACACUUUUGCACUGUUUUGUUAUUUUACCUGUGUUCCUAACCUUUUUCCCUCCUUCCAAAAAGCACCACAAGAAAAAGAAACGCGCCAAACGAAAGGAGAGAGAGGAAAUUGGAUGCAUAGAAAUUCAAGAGAACCCUGACCAUGUCACCACAGUCUGAGGGGUGCAGACUGAUGGAUUAUUUUUCUUUUCCAGUAUUGCACAACGAUGCAGGGAGAGUAAAGCUCAGACCUCAGCUGCUUGGGCUGGCCAGGGGUAACAGGCAAGUCAGAUCAAGAGUGCAUUUCUCACGGCACAUCAAAGUGUCUGCUUCUUGGGGGGAAGAGGGAAUAAAAGGGGGUAAGUUCCUUGCAACCUUGAUCUCCACGAAAGAUAAAUUUGUGGAUGUGAUCUUAGAGCUCUUCCAAGGAAUGGAUGAAUCAAA